AUGUUAUCGAUACAACCAAGACGACUGCUUGCAAUAGGCGUGAGAAGAGGUCGCUAUCUUCAUCGGGGAUUAGCCUCCUCAAGCAUCCAAAAGGAACCUAAUGUAGAAACGAGAUUAUCGUCGUCAUCUUCAUCCCGUUCUAGUUACGGCCGAGCCGCAGCUUUUGCUUUUGCUUCGCUCUCUGUUGGUUUCAUUGCGGGACGUCAAUCUCUGCGAGAAGAAGAAGAAGAAGCCAGAGUUCUUCCGAGUGGUCUACCACGAACAUGCUGCGAGAAACAGGAACUGACGGAGAAGCAAAAGGCUCUCUUCAAGGUUCUGAAACGAAUUGUUGGAAGAAAAAAUGUACUGGAUGGCACUAUCGAUAAUACACAAACAGCUUCCUAUUUGAAAGGUGCACGACUUGGUCGAGGCUCGGCUCUUCACAUUGUAAAGCCAAAAAAGCUGAAACAACUGAUUGAGAUUGUAAAGGAAUCAGUCGAAGCCGAUUGUGUUAUCUUGGUGCAAGGGCAGAAUACUGGCUUGACUGGGGGCUCAGUCCCUCGUCGCCAAGAUGACAAGCGGCCCACUAUAUUGGUGUCCAUGAAGGAUCUGGAUGCCAUUGUACCGAUCGAUGAGGGAAAUCGGGUCAUGUGUCAGGCUGGUGUCGGCUUGGCAACCUUGCAAACCUACAUUAGAGACGAAUAUGGCCGGGAAUCGCACAGUACACUUGGCUCCACCUUUUUGAAUCCAACCACUGCAGCGGGUGUUUCUUUGGGAUCUGGAGGAACACAAUGCCGAAAGGGUCCUGCCUACACUGAAAGAGCAUUGUAUUUGAAAGUAGACAAGGACAAGUAUGGGAAACCGAUCGUGAAGGUUGUGAAUACUUUGGGAAUCAAAGGACUGGACAACGAAGAAGGAGAAUUUGAGGCCCAUCUACGACACGAUGGAGUCGUUCCUUUGAUUGACUCAGUUGUAGAGAGAGUCAAAGGAGGACACGAUACUCGAGCUCGAAGGUCAAAUGAAACCUUUGGAAAGGCCCCAGCGCAUGAUGCAACAUAUAAGUCAAAGCUUUGUGAGCACAACCAUCACGUCAGUCGAUACAACGCAGACACUUCGGGCUGUGAUUGCAAUCGCUCCGAGGGAAAGGUCCUCAUAUUGGCUUCUGUUCACGAUACCUUUGCAGCACCAAAGGCAUCCAAGACGUAUUGGAUUUCGUUCGACGAUCUUUCCACGGCUCUCGAAUUUAGGCGGCAGGUCUGCUUGGACAAUCCUGCAGAUGUUCCCAUCAGUGUCGAGUACAUGGAUAGAGAUAGUUUCGACGUUAUUGAUCGUGCUGGUCGGGGUCUGGGAAACUUGAUCAAGUUCGUUGGGCCAUCUUCUCCAACAGUGCGUGAUCUAUGGAACGUUAAACUAUGGAUCGAAGCAUUGAACUUUCCGGGAUCAUCGACGUUGAUCGAUAAGCUUUUGUACACUGUCAACCCUAUUCUCCCCUGUAUUCUUCCUUCUUCGAUACAAGAGGCUGGUAAGCAAAGAGAUCAUCACAUCUCAAUGACGAUUGGUGAAUAUGAUGGUAGUCUGGAACGAGCACAAGAGAGAAUGGAUGCUUUUUGUAAAAAGUAUGGGGACAAGGUGAAGGUCCAUGAAUGUUCCGAUAAGUCGGAUGUAGCCAGCCUAACGGCAUUUCGUUUCGUUGCUGCGCCUGCCUUUCGAACAUGGUGUGUCGGAAAAGGAGCGCAAGGAAUCAGUGUAGACUAUGCUCUUCCUAAGAAUGGAGGCCAAGCACCAGUGCUCGAUUCUGCAGAAACCUUGAAGCGAAUGAGAUACUCGCAUUUUGGAUGCAAUGUCGUGCAUGAAGAUGUCGCAUUUCCGGCGGGGGUAGAUGCACAUACUCUGAAGAUGCAGUUGAAAAAGUCUGUCGAACACAGUUGCAACGGGUAUCUUCCGGCUGAGCAUGGUCACGGCACGGAAUAUAGUGCUCCACCAAAAACACAAGCACGCUGGAAAUCAAUGGAUCCACUGAAUGUAAUGAACCCUGGAGUAGGAGGCCUAUCAUCCAAGUUUGGUUACAAGGAAUGA